AUGCAUUGUAACUACAUUUCCGUACCAUCGCCGAAGGAGCAAUCGGAUUCCAGCGAGUUCGAAAGAACAACUGGCAGGAUAAGGAAUGUCACGAAGCUGCAGAGAGAAAAGAUGCCAGCCGGUCAGGUAACGCACUUAGUAAAGCAGGCCAUCGAUGUGGGUUACCGGCAUAUAGACUGUGCGGACAUUUAUGGCAAUCAGAGAGAUGUGGGCUGCGCGAUUGCAGAGAAAAUCAAAGAGGGUAUAGUGGAGAGAAAAGAUCUUUUCAUCACAGGCAAGUUGUGGAAUACUAAACACGAUCCUAAACUGGUACGAAGUGCCUGUGAAAAUGCCUUGAAUAUGUUAGGAAUCUCCUCUUUCGACAAUUACCUCAUCCAUUGGCCAACUGGCUUCGCCGACAGCGAAGAGAAUUACCCUAAAGAUGAGAAAGGCAAAACCAUAUUUUCUGACGUUGAUUAUGUGGAUACAUGGCAUGCCUUGGAGGAUUUGGUAGAUGUUGGCCUUUGUCGAACGAUAGGCUUAUCAAACUUUAAUAUUGAACAAAUAACACGCGUACUUGACGCGGCGCGUAUAAAACCCGCCAAUUUGCAGGUGGAAUGCCAUCCAUAUUUGAAUCAAAGCAAAUUGAUAGAUUUCUGCCGUCAAACUAAUAUUGUGGUAACAGCUUAUAGUCCUUUAGGAUCACCACAUUCACCAUAUGAGAAGCCAGGGUCACAUAAGCUUAUGCAGCAUCCGUUAAUCCUGCAAUUGGCAGAGAAGUAUCAAAGAGCUCCAGCGCUGGUGUUGCUACGGUAUCAGGUACAGCGUGGCAUUGCUGUGGUAACUAUGUCCACAAGUCGUGAACACAUGGCGGCUAAUCUCAAUGUAUGUGAUUUUGAGCUAAAUAAAGCGGAAAUUCAGGAGAUUAACGGCCUUGAUUUUAACGGACGCUAUAACCUAAUGCAGAACGCAAAAGGGCAUCCCCACCACCCGUUUGAAAAUUAACACAAUAAAGAAGGCUGUUGAAUGGAAUUUUUGGAAAAUUUAAACAAUAUUUGUAUGUAUAUGUGUG